CUCUGGCUGUUUUCAUUUAAAUACUGCUACCCCCGUGGUUGUGUACUGCUCGUCGGAGAAAAUGGAGAAUUACGGUGCAUUUUCAGAUUCCGGCAACUUGUCUAGCAAAGUCGUUGCCGUCGCUGCUGGUGAAGCUCACACUCUCGCUCUAACAGGGGAUGGGCGCGUGUUUUCAUGGGGAAGAGGGAUGUUUGGGAGGCUUGGGACCGGUUCAGAAGCCGACGAGCUUUUUCCGGUGGAGGUUAAGUUUGGGAAUUCUGAGCUGAAGUUUGUAGCCGUAGCUGCUGGUGGUUACCACAGUCUUGCUCUCGCAGAUGAUGGAUCGGUUUGGUCUUGGGGUUACAACAUCUGUAUCCUUUAUGCUGGAUGCAUUGGAGAGAAUUCAGUAGUACCAAGUCUGAUAGAUCAGUUUCUUGAGUUGGGCUCUCCCCAUCUACCCACAGAUGAGUUAGAGACAAAAAAUAAAGCACCACAUAAGGUUUGUGUGGUCAAAGCUGGAGGAAUGAUAUCGCUUGCAAUUGAUAACCAUGGGGCCCUGUGGAUGUGGGGCAAUUGUCCACAACAAAGCAGCGGCAGUGAAGGAGGUUGGUCCUUUGUAAGUACUUUUACUCCAAUUCCUGUCCAGGAUUUCUAUGGUCAUAUUGUUGUUAAGGUAGCAUGUGGGAAUGAGCAUGUUGUAGCCCUAGUUAGUGCGGGAAAAACACAUCAAGGUGAUGAUCUGGUAUGCUACUCUUGGGGUAAUAACACCCGUGGCCAAUUAGGCCUGGGAGACAGAGAGGGCCGGCUUCAUCCUCAAAUCAUUGAAACAUUUAACAAGGACUCGCCAUGGGCAGUUUAUGGUGUAGCAUGUGGUGCCUUCCACACAGCUUUACUUGCUCACAGGAAGAGCAGUAACAACACUCUUGAGAGUAUUUGUUGGACAUUUGGCCUAGGGGACAAUGGGCAGCUUGGGCAUGGAACCACAGAAAGUGCACAGGUUCCUCAACCUGUAAAAGAGUUGCCACAGUCAGUAUAUCUGGUAUCUGUUGACUGUGGCUUGUUUCACACCAGUGUUGUUUCUUCCGCUGGAGAAGUGUGGUCAUGGGGAAUGGAGAAGGGGCUUGGUCUGUGCCCUAAUGCUAGUUUUACCGGAACUGAUGCAGGAGAUGCUCUAUCUCCCUUACUGAUUUCUGGCUCACAUGGACCUAAAUUUCAAGGUCCUAUUCAAGUUGCCUGUGGAGCUGCUCACACCAUUCUUGUUGCACAUGAUGGAUAUAAUCUGUGGUCUUGGGGUAGAGGAAGGAGUGGAGUUCUUGGAAAUGGUGGAACAAUAGACUGUUUUGCUCCUUCUGUUGUAUUAUGGCCUCCACUCAAAGAAGAUUUCAAGCAAGAGGAGUUGAAAUCUGCUACCAAAGCAGAAAAUAUUGAAAAGAAAUGUUCUGAAGGAGACACUGAAACAAAUGAAAGAUUAGCGUCAGCCAUGGAGGAGAUGAAGCUCCUCCAAUCAAAACUCUCCAUUGUGGAACGAUAUGCCAGCAUACUUCAUGGUUCAAUUUUCGGUAAACCUUUUGAAGAGCAAGAUAUACCAAUCUCAUUGCGAAACUCAGGUACUUUUGACAUUGCAAGAGAAUGGGAAAACAUGUUGGAGUCAGCGGAUCGAAGCAAGCUCCUUAGAUUGGAGUCGUUCUACCGAAGCAUGUUUUCUGGUGUUAAGGAUAAGCUAAUGGAGAAAAGAAUCCAAGAGAUUAUAAAGGAGUGUCUUCGUUCUGAUUCUACCACAACAGGAAACUAGCAAUACUCAUCAUAUCAGCCUAAACAGUUUCUCUUAUGCCUGUGCCUUCUACUGUUUUAUAUGAUACAAAAAUUUUGUUGUUAUAUGUAAUGUACUGAAACAUGAAUUUAUUGUAAUAAAUCGUCUGUUAUAAAAAUCUUAUGGAUUC